AUGGGAGAAUUACUAGACGGAAAUAAGAAGCGACGUAAUGAACGCUUGAUGGUGAGGUUGUUAAGUAUGGUAUGGUUGAUUACUCCGUUAUUUUUGAAAUUUGUGGUGUUUGCGAAUUCUGUGAGUGGUGCCCACAUUGAUCCUUAUUAUACCUUACGGACAUCCCUUCUUGACUGUCCCCAGGACAUAUCAGCGCAUCCUGAGUCGUAUGUAUGUAAUACGUCAUUGGUCAUUGAUCCCCAAGACCUGUUAAGAUCGGCCGCGUUGUGUGCUACUGUGAUGAGAGAUAUGGGUAUGGGUGAAUACCCUCUAUGUACGGUGGAAGUGUCAAUCCAGACGCCCUUUUCUGGCAUCGACUUGGCGAUUGAGGAACGGUCGGAAAAAGGUUUGAUGAUGGACCUACAACAUGGGCUCGUAGGCUAUACAGUUACUACUCUAUUGCUUGGCGGAAUUUCUGGACCUUGGGAAUACGCGCCACACAUCGUUCCGGUAACUCUACGAACACUUGAUAGCAAUGGCAAGAUACUCAAUGAAAAAACACAAUGGGCCAAGUCCAGCGGAAACAUUGAUGAAGGCGUCGUUCUCAUCCUUCAAGAACCUCUACCAGUACUCUCCAAUGCCGUCAAAGUACUCGUCGCUAUUCCUCCUAGACCAAUCCGUAAAAAUCCAAACCUAACAAAUGGUUGGUUCAGGGCAUAUGCCACCAAAAGUUUCGUCAUGGCAGACAUCUCUGCGCACUAG